CGGGCUUACAGGGCAUCACGUAGGAUAACAGGAUCGGGCUUAACUCGACCAUGCCACAUCACCACGAUUCUAAACUUGGCCGAAACCUACACGUCUCCCCUCACUCUGACUUCAUUCUAUCCUCCUAUCAAUCAAGACCGCCCACGUUCUCAUACCAGCUGCACUGGAUCUCUUCAUGUCACCGCCCCAACACAACGAAACCCGCUUCUUCUUUAGACGACGAUAAAAGUUCCUUGACUAGAAACCCAACAAAAAAUUCCUUAACCGUACUUCAAGCUACUGGAUUUCAAAGCUCUCACCUCUCUGUCUCUUUUGAUUUUUCUUCUUUUUUUCUUUUUUUCUUUAAGAUUCAUUAAAGAAUAAUGAAUUUUCUUCAAAAAGAAGUUGUUUUAGGACUUUUUUUUUUGAGGAAUCAACAGAGAUCUGCUUGUGCACAAGUUUGGGGUUUUAGAAGGAUUUGAAACUUCACAUUGGCUUGAGGAAAUUUCUCAGUGGGUUGCAUUUCAGUGGUUAUGAAUUGAGGGGAAAGUUAGAAAUGGCGGUGGCAAGCAAAACUAGAAAUAUGCUCGAGGCUUUGGUAAAAGAAGGAUCAUUCAAAUGGUUACUUAGCAAGCGAAGCUCCUUUGCAGAGGAAUUUGAGGAGCUGGAGAAUUCUCCAUCUGCUGGAAGAAAUUGGAUACCUGAGCUCUCUCCAGUUGCAAAUAUUGUUGUGCGCAGAUGCUCAAAAAUCCUUGAAACCUCUUCAAGUGAGCUUCAAGAAAGCUUUAACGCUGAGGCAUCUGAUUCUAUCAAGCAUAAGUCACGGUAUGCAAGGAAUUUUUUGGAAUACUGUUGUUUCAGGGCUCUUGCUCUGUCUACUCAAGUAAUGGGUCAUCUAGCUGAUAAAAAGUUUCGACGCCUUACAUUUGACAUGAUGGUGGCCUGGGAAACCCCAGCAGCUGCCACCCAAUCUCUACUUAAUUUAGAUGAUGAUCUGUCAGUUGGUGUGGAGGCCUUCUCUCGAAUAGCUCCGGCAGUUCCAAUCAUUGCCAAUGUGAUUAUUUGUGAAAACCUUUUUGAGGUUCUUACAAUCUCAACAGGUGGCCGACUUCAUUUCUCUGUCUAUGACAAGUACCUAAAUGGACUGGAAAGAGUGAUAAAAAAGAUGAAGAGCCAAUCGGAAUCAUCUCUUCUGUCUGCUGUUCGAUCAUCAAGAGGAGAAAAGAUUCUCGAGGUGGAAGGGACAGUCACUACUCAACCGGUUCUUGAACAUGUUGGAAUUUCGACAUGGCCAGGUCGAUUGAUACUGACAGACCAUGCAUUGUACUUUGAAGCACUUCGAGUUGUAUCUUAUGACAAACCAAAAAGAUAUGAUUUGUCAGAUGAUCUAAAACAAAUUGUUAAGCCUGAGUUGACUGGACCAUGGGGUACUCGACUUUUUGACAAGGCAGUCUUGUACAAAUCAAUUUCCUUAUCAGAACCAGUUGUUAUGGAAUUUCCUGAGCUUAAAGGGCACACUCGGCGUGAUUACUGGCUAGCAAUAAUCCGGGAAAUUUUAUAUGUUCAUAGAUUUAUAAAUAAGUUCCAAAUUACUGGAGUUGAAAAGGAUGAUGCACUUUCAAAAGCUGUUCUUGGAAUUUUACGUGUGCAAGCUGUUCAGGAAAUUAGUUCCUCAAACUCUGCUCACUUCGAGUCUCUUCUCAUGUUUAAUCUUUGUGAUCAUUUACCUGGAGGAGAUUUGAUACUGGAGACUCUUGCAAAUAUGUCAAGUUCAAGGGAAUUAGAUAGGGGUAACAAGGUUGUGGCUGGAGGUGGCAUGUAUUCAAUCUCAGCCUUGGCAAUGGUUUCAAACUUAGGUUUUGUGUUUGGUUCAAGUAAUCCCAGUGAGGCGGGACUUCUUGUGGGUGAGGUAGCUGUGGGUGAGAUGAGUUUGUUGGAGAAAGCAGUUAAGGAAUCUAGAGACAACUAUAAAAAGGUGGUUCUAGCACAAGAAACAGUCAAUGGGGUUAAAGUAGAUGGUAUUGACACCAAUUUAGCUGUUAUGAAGGAGUUACUUCUUCCUGUGAUGGAAGUUGGGAAGUGGCUUCUUUCUUUGGUAUAUUGGGAUGAUCCUCUAAAGUCUUUACUGUUCUGUUUGUUUUUCUCAUUCAUAAUUUUCAGGGGAUGGCUUGGUUAUGCCUUUGCAUUGAUGCUACUGUUUUUUGCAAUCUUUAUGGUUCUUACACGAGUUUGCAACCAAGGCAGGCCUGUGGAUGAAAUCAAGAUAAUAGCACCUCCACCUAUGAACACAAUGGAGCAGCUUUUGGCUGUUCAGAAUGCAGUGUCUCAAGUUGAACAGCUUAUCCAAGAUGGAAACAUAGUUCUUCUCAAGUUUCGUGCCUUGUUGCUGUCCAUUUUCCCGCAGGCAAGCGAGAAAUUUGCAGUUGCUCUUCUGUUUACAGCUUUGAUAGUGGCUUUGUUGCCUAGUAAGUACAUGGUUCUCCUGAUCUUUUUGGAGACCUUUACGAGGUUUUCACCUCCAAGGAAAGCAAGCACGGAAAGAUGGUUGAGGAGAUUGAGAGAAUGGUGGUUCAGCAUCCCAGCUGCUCCUGUGGUCCUUGAAAGAGAAAAGGAAGAUAAGAAGAGAAGGUGAUGGUGUUUAUUAUUUUACUGUAUAUAAUUGUUUGUGUAUGUAAUGAUUUUGUAUCACACAAGUCUAGAAAUGUAAAUCUCAAAAAUGGAAAAAGAAAGAAAGAAAUGUGUUUGUGUUGGAAAUUAAUAUUCUUGGCUUGGUGGCUCUGAUCUUGAUGGUGAGCGGCUUGGCAAGAUUUUCUCCUUUUUCCAAUAAUAUGUUGCUUUACUUAAUUUGUUGGAGAGGGGAAAUUUUAUUUGCAACAUUGUAUUUACUCUUCACAUUCAUUUUUUAAAU